UUGUCGAUCGCCAUUUUGUGAUGUUGGCAGCGAACUGUCAAAACUAUGAAUUUCCUUUGGUUAGAAUUAACUGAAUUUGUAGAAAUAAAAUGAGAGUAAAAUGCAAUGGCGUAGUCAUAAAACUUGAGUGGGUGACACAAUUUAUAGGUUGUCUACAAUUCAACGCAUGGUUCAGCUCUGACAUACUCUGAAAGUCAACAUGUCGGAUGUAGAGUCUGAAUCAGGUGAAAGAGAAAACCCAAAUCCAGAAUCAGAGUGCAAUGAAGAACAGUUAGAUGAGUUGAAUGCUGCCGAGACAGAAUCUGAUGAGGCAGAUCUGCAUUUGAAUGACACAGACCAACCACAAAAAGCAUCAGACCCUAAUGGGUGCAAUGAGGGAACUUCUGAACGAUCAAAUGAAUGUAAGAUUUUGCAUAAUGAGUUGAAUAAAUGUCAACCUUUAAGAAACGAGGAAGAGGGUGUUUAUGAGAAUUAUGAUAGAAAUGAUGCCUAUGCGGAAGAAAUUGCAGGGUCUUUGGCUGAAGGAGAUCAGGAUGAGGUGGGAAGAGAAGAUGAUGGAAUUAUUGAAGACUUUAACGUGAAUUAUGCUGCAGAAGAUGAGCAGUAUUUGGCUGGAGCAGAUUGUUCCUUAGAGCCAGAGAGCAACAGUGUGCUGUUGACACACCAUGAUGAUGGGGCAGCAGUAGGGAGCUCAGAGUGUGAACCAGUCAGUGGAAGAAUAAGGCAGACUAGGGAGCACGAGCGAACUGAAUCCAGUGCCCAGAUUGAACUAAGGGUGUCCCAGUUUGGGGCUGGUCCUUCAAGGGUUGAGGGUGGUGACAAUGUAGGCGAUGAAAGGACAGUUUUUUAUGGAUCUGAUGGUGCCUCUGCUUCUGGUAUUGGAGAGUUUCUGAUGCCGGAGAGUGAGAUCGGCGAAUGCUUUGAUAACACUGGAGCCAAUGAGGAACAAAUAGAAAAUGAUCCUACUGAAUCAGAUCAAGAAAAUGAAGGAGCGGUAUCAAAUGAAGUGAAUCUGACUAAUGUGGUACCAAUCAUAAUGAACAGUGACACAGACAAUGUUGAAACAGGGGCAUCAGAAAUGUUCAAUGAAUUUGAGCAGUCUGAUCAUGUUGAGCAAAAUUUUGCAGUGAGUGGCUCUAAUUCAGUCAUUCAAACAAGUUUCCCUGAAGAUGAAACCAAUGCUGUUACUGCACAGGAAAACAAUGCUGCUACUGCGCAUCAGAAUAUUUCUGAAUCAGAUUUGCAUCAACCUGAGUGCGAUCAGAGUGAAUCGAACGCAUGUGGAGUGCAGUCUAGUGAUCAGAGUGAAUCGGACACAUGUGGAGUGCAAUCUAGUCGGAAUACUGUAGAAGCUUUAAACUACUAUAGUGCAGAUAAUUUAAAGUCUGUUGAGGGAAAAAUUGUCCAAGAAGAGUUGAAUGGUGAAAGUUACGAAUGUUCUAAAUCCUGUGUUCCCGAAAGAGAAAGCAAGAAUUACGCUCAUCAUUCCAAAGACUUGGGUGCAAUUCCCAAAACUAAGCAGUCAAGAGGUAUGGAUAAUUCAAUGCAACAAAGUACAAUAAAGGAAAGUGUAUCUGAUAAAACAGUUGAUUCUGAGGAUGAGCUUCUUUCUGAACUUGAUGCAACUUUAAAAGAUGCCUCUAAUGUAACAAUCAGAAAUGCUGAGAGUCACAUACUAGUCAGUUCAGAUUGUCACUCUGAACUUAGUGCAAUUUCUAAUGUAGAACAUGGAAAUGAAAAGUCCCAAAACAUCCACUCAUGUGAUCAGUGCUUGAAAAACAAUGUUUGGUGUUCUUUUAGUGAUAGAGUAGGACUAAAGGGUGAGACUCCCCAUGUGACUGGAAUAAAAGAGUUAAAAGGACAGCUGAAACAAGCCAAACAAUUGUUAAUGGAUCGAGAAUGUGAGAUUAGCAGGUUAAAGUCGGAUAUGGUUGAUAACAAGUCGAGGUGGGACACUCUGACGCUUGAGCGUGAUUCUCAGCGCAAGGAAUUGGAACACCUCAAGAGGCAUAAUGCUGAUGAUCUGUACCUGCCACAAAUCAAAGAGUUAGAGUACACGAUCGCCUCCCAACAGAGCGAGUUGAAGAGCAUGAAGGAGACCCUGUCUAGUCAUGACCAGUCUGCCAAGCGCGCCAUCUCGACCCUACAGAUGGAGAUGAAGGCUCGAGUAGACCAGGUUACACAGCAGCUGGAGGAGGCAAACAGAGAGAAAGACUCAAUGGUCGUAAAAUUCGCGCAGGCUGAGCACAAGAAUCUAGAGUGCGUGAAACGGGCGGAUCGUGCUGAGUCCAAACUACGGGACAUGGACCGUGAACGAACCCAGUUCCUCGAGAAAAUGAGAAUCGUCAAGGAACAGAAGUCAAAGUUGGCAACAGAGCUGGAGGCCAAGAAUGCCGAGUUGAGCAAACUUAAAGAUGAGAUGGACAAACAAAGAGAGCUGGUGGCUUCAGCGGACAAUCGAGUCAAAUGGGCGCAGAAUAAGCUGAAGGCAGAGUUGGAAUCUCACAAGGAAACUAAAACCCAGUUGGACAAGAUGGCAGCAAAAGUGAAAGAAGCUAAGGAAGAGACUCAGCAAAUAAGGCGAGACUGUCAGGCCAUUAUCAAGCAGUACCAGGAGUCAGAAGAGGUGAAGUCAAACAGUCUAGACAAGGAACUCAAACAAAAAGAGUCUGAACUUCUAGAGAACCAGGUUCAGAAAACCAACUUUGAAUUGGCCCAUGUGAAGACCCAGAGGGAGUUGGAGCAGAUGAGAGGAGAGCUGAAGGACACCCAGAAAUCACUCACCUCCUUGAAGGAGAGGUUCUCUACUGUGGAUGGAGAAAAACAGCAGGCAACAAGCACAGUGUCACAGUAUGGGGAGAUAAUCCAGAAACAGAAAAAAGAAAUCCAGGAACUGCGUGACAGAGUUGAGUCCCUUGUUCACUACAAAACUGAUUUUGCCAGAGCCCAGGAGAUGAUCAAAAGUCUGGACUCUGAGAUUUCUGAGCUGAAGAUAUCGAACAAGGAGCUUGUGUCAGACAUGGACGCCUGCAGGAGACGAGAGUCUGAUAGGCUGGAACUCACAGCCAAACUGAGUAGAAAGAAUGCAGAGCUGCAGUCGGAAAACAGCACUCUUAGCAACAAGGUGAUGAAUCUGACAGGAGAGUUGCAGGUACUGAAGAUGGACAGUCAAGAUGUGGACACCAGGCUCAAGGAACUGGAGGAGAAUCUCUGCAAGGAGAGGAAGCAGCGAGAGGAGGAGGCUCAGAGUUUCACGUCAAGGCUUGCGGGAAAGACGCAGGCUGUCGAGGACCUCACACGGAAGUUGGAGGACGAGAGGGACGAAAUGAAGACCCUGAAGAGGAAGCAUGCCAACAAUGUCAAGGACCUGACACGUCAGCUACAACAGGUACGUCGGAAGCUUGACAACUACGAGGUGACCUCCAAUGGCGACCGGGACACAGUCAGUCUGGGGUCGCGCACAAGCUCCAACGGGUCCCUUAAUACUGUGGGCAUUGCGGAGCAGACUCACGCCCACGUUGUUCAGCCCAGCCAUGCACCCGCACCUGCAGCUCAGAGACAUCCCAGUCCAGAGCAGGAGUACCGGGUGAUCACGGAGCAGGUUGAGGUGGACAAGCAGACACUGAUAGAGCGCAUCGUGAAGCUGCAGGGCGGGAUGGCGAGGAAGAACGAGAAGAUUGAGUUCAUGGAGGACCACAUCAGUCAGCUGAUUGAUGAGAUACAGAAGAAAAACAAAAUUUUGCAGAGCUACAUUCUCAAAGAAGAGUCAGGCACCAUGACCUCUGACUUCAGGGACAGAACCAAGCAUUCCAUCAUGAAUUCCUCACAGAUUGUGGAUUUCCUUAUAAAGCACGACCCAGAACUGGCAGAGAUCUCUCGGAAGCACAGCAUCAUGGGCUCUGUGUACAGUUCUCACUCCAAUGACGUCACAAUGACCCUCGACCUCUCGUUGGAAAUCAACCGCAAACUCCAGGCAGUCCUGGAGGACACCAUAUUGAAAAAUAUGACUCUUAAGGAAAGUCUGGAUACUUUGGGACAGGAGAUCGCGCGUCUCUCCCAGGAGAACAGGAGUCUGCAGCUGCAAAUCCAGGGUACCGGAAAAUCCCGAUCUCGAAUCCAGCCGGCUAAUAGAUAGCAACAGGGGAACCAGUAUACAUAUAGCAACACGGAACCAGUAUAAAGAUAGCAACAGGGAACAAGCAUACAGAUAGCAACUGGGAACCGGUCAAUGCUGUUUUUUUAAGUCAACUGGAUAGAGGAACCACAGCUCAGCCUUUUAAACUAAAGGAAAUAGGAUAAAGAUUGCCGUAAACCCUGUCACAGGGAUGCGGUUUCUCCUCAUUGGAGCUGCUGAUGUCCUCCUUUUGAGUGUCAAGAUGACUUACACAAUGUUCUUAACUUAAAUCAAACUGUUAGAAUUUUUGCGAACCCAGUGAUGGAGUUGAGGUAUUUUCUUCCUUUUGGUGUUUCCAAUAUCCUGCUGCCCAUCAAAUGGAACCAGGUGUUGUCUGGUUUUAACCCUGGGAAUGGAAAAAGCAGCUGGCAACAUAGGAGAACGACCAUUCGUUUGUCUUGUUGCUCACAGGUUGCUACUGUCAACCAGUUAAAGAUGACUGCCAGUCCAUAUGGAGACGGUCAGUUGUGACCAUGAACCUAUGGAUCAAAGGCAGCUGUUAGCAAUCCCAUUGAAGAUGAAUUGAAUGCAUGUUUAACAUACUAAUUCAUAGGAUCCAACUUUAUUUGCCUAUGAUUGUUAGGUUUGCAAUAUAGGAAUUUGGGACCAUCAACCACAGCCUUGGCUUACACUGCUGUGGUGAAAACUAAAUUAAUUUAGAUUAAAUAAAUCAAUGAUUACUUUGUUAACAUUCUUUAAAAAAAAAAAACAUUUUCUAAUAUACAUGUACAGUCAAAAGUGAUUUAAUGGUAACUUGAGAAUAAGGGUCAAUUGCAGACAACGGUCAAUAUGGAUUCCCCCCGACGAAAAUUACUCUAUAUUACAAUUGAGAAUAAAGGUCAAUUGUCCAUAAUGGCCAACGACCAGUAUUUUUCACUCCGAAAGUCAUAUUUGAACUGAAAACCACGGUCACGCAUAAGUGGUUUCGAGUGGCAAAAUUUAAAAACACAAUCGAAACGGCUAAACAUGAGCAUCUGACAAAGUCAAUAGAUCUUUAUUGCUGAUAAGGUGUUGUUAUAAGAAGGUGAUAAAAGGAUUAGUGAUCGUCUGUUCAGGAAUAAUAUACAUUGCAUUGCAACUUUUAUAACAAACUAAAUAUUUUUAACAAGAUUUUGGUGUGUUUUUUUUCUUUGAAUUUGAUACAGUUAUACCGUACUUUCGGUUUAUGACAGGGAAUCCGCUUAUAUUUUUGUUGGGAGGUGACGUCAAUGACACUUGGACAAUCUUUACUUAAAAAUUUAUCCCAAUAAAUGUAAUACAAAAUCUCGGAUUUACUGAAUGAACGAGAUGAAUGAGUAAACCAGAAUCAUAUCGUUGAUAGAGUCAUAAAGAUUUGGUUUAAAAAUAGUUAUGAAAUUAAAUCAAUUAGACAUUAUUCUGUAUUAUUUAAUAGAAAUUAUUUAUGUUAUUAUGCUUAGGCCUAGUUAUCGGCAAUGAGCCUUUGUUUUACACUGUCUUCGCACGACUGGUUGGGGUAACGAAGUUGCAAUACUACCAACUAUCCAAACAUCUAAAAAGUGGUGAUCUGAGAAUAGCGGUCACUUGUCGACAGCAGUGACUUUUCCCAUUUCCCUUGACGGACCGCUGUUCUCAGUUUUGACUGUAUAUUGUUUGUAAGACAUGUUUCAAACUCUUGAUGUUUGAAACAUGAUAAAUUCUGAAGUUAAACAACUUUUUCAAAUUGAUAUUCUUUUAUAAUACAUAAAUUAUUAUUUAUGAGUAAUUCAAGCAUAUAUACAAGGGUGGCAGCCGAGUUUUAAAAAUGUAACGCAUAAUAAAACUUGAAUCUAAUUCUGUCUUCUGACAGAAAGUACUGGCUGUUAUGUAUAACCAAGCUUUUUGCCGUUUUGGGGUAUUAUUUGGGUUUACCGUAGUAGUUUUGUAAGCGAUGGGAUGUUUAUGUAGCAAUCAUCACUUUCAAACAAAAAAAAUUAUGCCCCUGGUAGGGUGGCAUAUAGCAGUCCCUUUGUCCGUCCGUCUGUCUGUCCGUCAUUCCAUUUUCCAGAGAUUUUCCAAGCCAUGCUUGAAGAUAUUGAUCUGAAUUUUUGGUAAGCAAGUCUACCUACAUGAACUAAAGAUGAAGUGUAAAAUUUGUUCCAUUCCUUUGAUUUUUGGUGAAGAUAUGGGCCUUGGACUGAUCUUAAUUUUGGCCAAGGGAAGCAAUAAGCUUUAAAGGGAGAUAAUUUUUAUAAGCUCCACUGGCCAGAGGCCAGCGGGGCUUAUGUCAUGGUCCUUAACUUUUCCUUUAAACAUCUUCUCCUAAACUGCUGGUCUAAUUCUGAUGAAAUUUUUCAGGAAGGUUCCUGGAGUGAACCUCAUUCAAAUUUGUUCAAAUUAUGCCCCUGGGGUCAAAUUUGACCCUGCCCCGGGGGGUCACAAAAUUGAAAAUUUGCUUAUAUAAGGCCUAUUUUGUGAAAACUUUCAAAAUCUUCACGUCCAUAACCAUUGGGCCUAGGGCUAUCAAAUUUGGUAUGUAGAGACAUCUAAUAGUCCUCUACCAAAUUUGUUCAAAUUAUGCUCCUGGGAUCAAAUUUGACCCUGCUCGGGGGUCACAAAAUUGAACAUAUGCUUAUAUAAGGCCUAUUUUGUGAAAACUUUAAAAAUCUUUUUGUCCAUAACCAUUGGGCCUAGAGCUACCAAAUUUGGUAUGUAGUGACAUGUAAUAGUUCUCUUCUUAGUUUGUUCAAAUUAUGCCCCUGGGGUCAAAUUUGAAACUGCCCCGGGGGUUCACAAAAUUGAACAUAUGCUUAUAUAAGGCCUAUUUUGUGAAAACUUUAAAAAUCUUUUGGUCCAUAACCCUCGUACCUAGGGCUAUCAAAUUUGGUAUGUAGUGACAUCUAAUAGUCCUCUACCAAAUUUGUUCAAAUUUUUUCCCUGGGGUCAAAUUUGACCCUGCCCCGGGGGUCACAAAAUUGAACAUAAGCUUAUAUAAGGCCUAUUUUGUGAAAACUUCAAAAAUCUUUUUGUCCAUAACCAUCCGGCCCAUGGCUAUCAAAUUUGGUAUAUAGGGACAUCUAAUAGUCUUCUACCAAAUUUGUUCAAAUUUUAUCCCUGGGGUCAAAUUUGACCCUGCCCCGGGGGUCACAAAAUUGAACAUAUGCUUAUAUAAUGCCUAUUUUGUGAAAAAUCUUUCUGUCCUUAACCAUAAGCCAUAAGGCAUUGGGCUACCAAAUUUGGUAUGUAGUGACAUUGUAUAGUCAUCUACUUAGUUUGUUCAAAUUAUGCCCCAGGACCCUGCCCUGGGGGCCACAAAAUCGAUUAUAUGCUUAUAUAGUGCCUAUUUUGUGAAAACUUAAAAAAAUCCUCUUGUCCUUAACCAUAAGGCAUAGGGCUGCCAAAUUUGGUAUGUAGUGACAUCUAAUAGUUCUCUAUCAAGUUUGUUCAAAUUAUGCCCCUUGGGUCAAAUUGGACUCUGCCCAGGGGGUCACAAAACUGAACAUACGCUUAUAUGGGGCCUAUUUUAUGAAAACUUUAGAAAUCUUCUUGUCCAUAACCAUUGGGCCUAGGGCUACCAAACUUGGUAUGUAGUGACAUCAAAUAAACCUCUACCAAAUUUUUCAAAUAAUGCCUCUGAGGUCAACUUUGACCCUGCCCCGGGGGGGGGGGGGGGGGUCACAAAAUUGAAUAAACGCUUAUAAAGCGCCUAUUUUGUGAAAUCUUUAAAAAUCUUCUUGUCGAAAACCAUUUGGACUAUGGCUACCAAAUUUGGUAUGCAAUAACAUCUUAUAGUCCUCUACCAAGUUUGUUCAAAUUAUGCCCUUUGGGUCAAAUUUGACCCUGACCCGCGGGUCACAAAAUUGAACAUUAUAUACUCUUAUAUCUUGCUUUUUUGUGAAAACAUUAAAAAUAUUCUUGUCCUUAACUCUAGGACCUAGGGCUACCACAUUUUGUAUGUAGUGAGAUAUAGUAGUCCUCUACAAAGUUUGCUCAAAUUAUGCCCCUGGGGUUAAAUUUGACCCAGCCCAGGGGGUCACAAAAGUGUACAUGUGCUUAAAUAGGGCCUAUAUUUAAGUAUUUGCACAUGCCGAGAAUAUUUGUUUCAGCCUUUUUUUCAGCAGUGGAGCGAUACAGGGCCAUCAUGGCCCUCUUGUUUCUUAAUUGUUGUGAUACGAUGAAGUAUCUCUGCUGCCCAUAUUGGAGCAUAUGAAGUUCAAUUUCUUCAGAAUUAAAUUAUUUGAUUGUUAAAGAUUCAUUACACUGAAGGUUUAAAGUUUUGUUUUGCUAGAAAUAAGUUUACGAGCUACUGAUUUCUCACUAUAUUAAACAUGUUAAUGCAACUAAGUUAAACUGAAUAUGUUUACUUUUGUUUUGGUCCCCACAUAAUCGCAAUCCAAUAUAACAUAAAUCCUGUAUUUAAUAAUGCCUUUUUUCGAAUCCAAUGCCAUUCCUUGUUGUUUGUUUGUUUCUUAUCAUAGUUACACCAUUGUUGCCAUGGUUAUCAUCAUCAUCAUCAUUUUCACAUACUCAGUAUAUUUCCAUUUGCAUGUUACUACCUAGUAUUAAAGUUGGUUUGCCAUAAAAGACUAAUCAUCAAUUAAUGAUCUGUGUUAUUUUUCCCACCUUUGUGUUACGGUUUCCCAUGUAACUUAUUGUCUUAGUUAAGUCCAGGGUUUAGCUUCCUGGUUUAAUGACAUUUUGUAUUUAAUUUGUAUAACAUUGUAGACAGAGCUCCAGAUAAGAUUUAGUCUAAAGUGUACUUUACCCCCUGAUAUUAUUGUUAAUAUAUUAUUGUAAAUUUUACUCCUUUGUUUCAGCCAUAAAGGGUAUUUAGGAAUAUUCAGGGGUAUUUUCCAUUUCCAUAGAAAACUGACAUAGUACAUGGCGUGUUUAAUUUAGAAAUAUUAUUAUUUGUUUAUAAUAAGUGCAAACAAAAUAAAUUUUAAAUGAUGAUAUUAACAGACUGUCUUUAAAAUAUUCAACUUACAUGGGUUGUAUAUCUGUCUUGAUUGGGUCUUUCUUGCAUAUAGUACUCAUAUAGUACACGAACGUCAUUUCGCAAUUAAAAUAAGUCACACUUCAUGUGGUCUAUGUAAGUUAACUAUAAACUUCUUCAACAAUAAGAUCGCUUAAAAUUAUUUUAAUAAUUCUAGAAGCAUCAUAAGAUUUAUUUCUAUUGGCAUAUUGGCAUAUUGUAAUAUACAUUUACUUCCUGCAGGAGUCGCCGUUCGCUUGAAACAUCCCUUUUAUGAACUUAGAACACGAUGGGCCGCCAUUUUGAUUACAAGGUUCUUUUGAUUGACUUACUUUUAAUUCAAAGGUUAACUUACACUAAACACUCAGCUAGAUUAUUGGUUAAACAGGUUACGCACUUUAAUCGAUCACAAAUACGUACCAAGAUUUGUAUUGCGUAAUGUUACAUACUGGGCCGAUUUUUAUAGCGUUUUUUAAAUUUUUCAAUUCGUUAAUACGCAGAUACGCAUCUUAUCUGGAGCUCUGAUUGUAGAGAUACUAAAAAAGGAAUUAAUUGUAUUUGUCCGUGCAGUGUUUCUAGAAGUGUAAUGCUUAUGAAACACUGCAAAUUUAUCUAUUUGUUUGGAUAGAACAAAAACAAAAGUUCCGUUAAAUCAAGUAUGUUAAAGUAUAUACCGCUCUUUGAAUCCUUGAGCUUAAAAAAUUGACCCGGUCAAGAAAAAUAUGUUUAUUUGCCAUUCAAUUGCGUCCCAAGGGUAGUGAUCUGUUGCCGUGGUGUAGUUGAUAUGCUGUUUGCCUAGCAACCGCGAGGUCAUGGGUCUGAUGCCCACUGCCAAAGCGUUCUUUAGAUCUCCCCCAUAGACACCAAGUACUGGUUCUAGUCUGAGGUAACAAACUCUAGAACAUUUCAAAUAAAAGUUAGGCUUUCAAUGCAAUGGAGCUAAAAUAAAUAGGUUGAAUGAUAGUUGUAAAAUUAGUGAAAUAUUUCAGUACAACACCAAAUGAAAACAGAAUAGAGAAUUUUCUUAAAUCAAUCAACAUAAUUUUUCACUUAAAGGCCAAUUUGCUUUUGGGCCUUCACCAAUUAUGUUGACUAAUUAUUAAGUCUAAUGUGGGACAUUAAGAAUAGGUGAACAUGGGGCCAGCUCUAAUAGUUGUGUUACAUAUUGUUGAUGUUUUUGUUGAUGCUUUCAAUAAUUGUUGAUUCAAAUGUGCUUUUGGCUUGUUUCAUGGGAAUGACAAGUUGAUAUUUACCUGAUUUGCUUAUAUUUAUUUAUUUAUUUAAAGUUUUUUUAUUUUUAAUAGUUCAUGACAAAAUUAUGCCUUUGUCAGAGAGAGUUUAUUUGUUUUAACCAUUGCAUGCUGGGAAAUUUGUCGUCUGCUAAAAUGUCUUCUGCUGAAUUUCUAAAAUUAGCAUUUUCUUCGAUUUUUUUCAAAGAAUACUAUCAGAGUAGCAAACAGUUUGAAUCUAAACUGUUUGCAAAAGCCUUCAAAAUUCGGUUCCGACACUGAAAGAGUUAAAAUAAAAGUACUUUAUGUGCAUGCAUAUAUUUUGAUGUUUGGAGAAUAUUCUUUAUUGCGAAUGCUUGUUAUGAGUCUAUAUUUGUGUUGAAAACAGUGUAAAAGGCAAUACGCAGAACAAAACACACAAUUACUUAACCCUUUCCCACUCAAAAGCAAAGUAACUCGCUGUUUGCUACUUAUCAGUAUCUAAAGGGUUGGAAAUAAAGCCUUUAAAACUAUAAUCUAGUAAGAAAGGUCUUUAAUCACAUUAAACUUUCUGAGGGACUGUAAAUGCGUCACAAUACGUAUCUAAGUGGGAAAGGGAUAUCAGAAAACAUGCUAUUAUUUGAUUUUGCAAAAAAAAAUUGUACUUGACAUGCUAUUGUAUAAGUUGGCUUAUGUGAUUAGUUGCUUUUCCUGCAUGAGCAACUUUUAAAGGGUUAGAGAAUGCACAGAGAUAUUGUGUGAAUUAUUGAGAUCAGGAUUUCCUGUGCAUAGUUGACUGUUGUUAGCUGUGAGAAUGUUUAAAUGUAUUAUACAAGAUAAAAUGUAUUGUGGUAUAUUGGAUAUUUUUGAGAUAGUACAUGUUAAUUGUGGUUAUGUAAUGCGGCAAAUAGAAUAUUUCAUAGCGUUGUCUUAAAUUAUUCAAUCAACUCAUAUAACAUUUGAAACAAAUCAAGUUUUAAAAAACUUGAGCUUUAUUUCAUCCAUGAAUUUUGCUAUAAUACGAAGAAUGUAACAUUAAAGCAUUGUCAUUAAAGUUAAUCAAACAUAACAUGGGUAAUGUUUUAUAUUGGGGUUAGCAUUGUAUAACAGCAAGUUAUUUGUAUAUGCCUGAAAUGCUAUUAACAGCAAAGAAUGUUAAUCAUAACAAAAUUAAUAAAUCUGAAAUAAAAUUGCUGAAAUCAUUUUGGUACAGAAGGGGUGAAAUGUUUACAACUUUUUUCCUAAGUUAAUAACUUCUAGAACUUUGAAGGUUUUUUUCUGAGCUUAAGGACAUAUAAUUAAAAAUUUCACAGUAUUUAUUUAUUAUCAUCACUUUAGUAUACAUAUAAAUAAUGUAUAUUUACAAUAAAAAUUAUGCUAAGAUUAUCAAUUUUCUAUUUAUAUUAUUAAAUCUUAUACUUACCUUUACUAUGGAAAGCAUAUCGGUUUUUAUUAAGCAAUGUUGUGAUAUAAAAGUAAUUCAUGACUUAAAUGUGUUAGGAUAGUCAUAAUUAUAAUAAUUAUAGACAUUCCAAUGCAAUGAGACCAGCAUCAUGCAAAAAUGGGUCUUAUUCCAUCUGCCGCCUGAGUAGCUGCAAACCAGCCUGCUCAUUUUCACAGUCUUGUCAGGAGCUACCCUGUCAGCUAUAAAGACAUGCAAUGUUUUGUUAUUUCAUAAGCAGACAGGGUAGCUCCUUUCCAGACUGUGCUGGCCUGUCUGGAGCUAUGCUGUUCACAUAUGUCAUAAGACCCAUUUUAGCAUGGUAUGGGUCAUAUAUAAGUGUGAAAUUAUCAUCAUUUUUACUUACAUGUAUUUUCUGAAAUUCUGAUGUUAUUAAGUCUUAUUUGCAUUUCAUAUUUUAAGCGUAUAUGACACUGUUGUGUACAUUUCAUUAUGAUUUGUGAUAUUGGAAGUAUGUAAGAUCCUUUGUGAUUUGUUUUGUUGUCAAUACAUGUAUGAAAAUCAUGCUUUGGGACUCGACAACAAUAAAUAUAUUCAUAUUA